AUGAAGAUCGGAAGAAAAUUGAAAAAGACACCAGUGUUCAAACUGGUAUGUAAGGUUUUUCACAAGGAACUAGCAAUUUUCGACAGAAAACUUCCUCCUCCAGUUGCUGACAAAAAUUCUCUUUAUGUUCAUGAAGGUGAUGAACCUAUUGAAGAACAAACACUGGCCCAGGAUGAAGCUGUUCUAGAUAAUGCUCUGCAAGAAAUGCCAACCUUUAGAGGAGAACAUCUCAGCGAUAAGAUUCCUGAAGAAUUUGACAGUGAAGUUACGAAUAGUGAUGACGACGAAGCAGUUACACCAGUUGCAACGGAGAAGAAUGCCCCUGUUGAUACCGCGUACGUUGUCUCCCCAUUGACUCUUGCUCCAAUUGCACGAAGAGUUACUAAUCUCCCGGCAGUUAAACCAGUGGCAAAGAAGAAGAAUGCCCUUGUUGUUACAGCUUCUAAUGUCUCCCCACUGCUUAUUGCUCCAAUUGGACCAAGUGUUACUAAUCUCCCAACUCCUUCCAUUGUUCCAUUGCAGAAAGUCAGUAAUCCUCCUACUGGUACCACUAUUAUACAUUUGCCCCCUAACUAA